AUGUAUUUUGUUCAAUUUAAUAAAAAAAGAUUUAUCAUAAAAAUAUCGAAUAUACAAUUAAACGCUUUCUUUAAUAUCCAGGACGUAUUUUCAAUAGAUUCCAAUUUAAAAAACUUAUAUGAAGAAUUGAAUAAGGAAGACAAAAUUGACAAUUACAAAAUUAUUGUACAGAAUUGGAAAAAUAUGAAUGCACUCAUCCGGGCUGUAAGGAAUUUAAUACAUUUAUCACUUAUGCCACAAAACGAAGAACGUGAUGAACGAUGUUUUUCACUAAAGCAUUGGUUAUAUCAAGAAACCAGGAAUAUAUUUAAUCAGAAUUCUACUAACGUUAAUUAUGAACCUGCUAUAACUAAGCUUAUGGAUGUAAUUCUUCGUAUUAAUAAUACGCAUUUUUCGGGAAAGCAAUGUUACUGCUCCUUUGAUGGUACAUUAAAUGAGUGGAAAGAGGAGAAGGAUUUGCAUGAUUAUUUUAAAAGUUUUAGCAGCAUUGAAAGUUUUAUUAAUGGAAAUGAAGAUGCAUGCAUAAAAAAUUUCGGCAGGGUCAAUUAUAUUAAUAGACUAUACAAAAAAUACAUAGGAGAAUGCUGCUAUUGUUUUAAGUCAGGUCAUUGUAAUGAGUGGUGUCCCGAUUAUUUCAAAUGUGAGGACAACCUUAAUCCAUAUAAUCUAUACUUAAAAUUAAAAUGUAAAGAAGAACAUACUAAAGAUUUUAUUAAAGUUGAUAAACCGAUAGGUAUUGAUAAUCAUGUUAUAACAACAACUCGAAAUUCAUUAUUAUCAGAAUAUAAAAAAAAAAUACAGGACCCGUUCUACAGUAUAGUAUUGUAUGCUUUUGGGACACUAUGUAUAUUCAUGAUAUUUUCCGUUUUUUAUAAAGUAGUUAAAAAUUAA